GGGAAGAGCUUCGGCAAGAGCCGGGACCUGAAGAAGCACCAGCAGACGCACACGGCAGCACGGCCCUUCUCCUGCCCGCAGUGCGGCCGCCGCUUUCGGCUGAAGCAGAUCCUGGCCUCGCACCAGAAGGUGCACGGCGGGGAGAAGCCCUUCGGCUGCGCCGACUGCGGCAAGAGCUUCGCUCAGAAGCAUCACCUGCUGAGCCACCGGCGCGUGCACACCGGCGAGAAGCCCUUCGCCUGCGGCCACUGCG